CGUAACUUCCCCUUUAAUGCCAUCAGUACGGGUUGAUUUCGGUCGGCAGAAUGAAUUCAACUAAAGUUACCGCUUUUUAACUUUCUGCCAACUCACAUUAAAAGGCGUAACUUCGUCUUGUAGAUGUACGCGUGCUUAUCGCUGAUGUUUUAAAGUGUUUGUGUACAGUAAUGUUGUGGUUAGUGUGCUGCUUGUUGUCGGGUGUGAUGAACACUGGACCAGCUGAAGGAUAUUUCCAUGAGGAGCGCUGGAGCCCGGAGUCUGCUGAACUCGCUCCCCGAAUAAUGAUCUCGCUCAUCUGCCGUAACGCUCAGCACUCGCUGCCUCAUGUACUGGGUGCUAUCGAGCGUCUAAAUUAUCCAAAAGAUCGUAUUGCCCUCUGGGUGGCAACUGAUCACAGUAUUGACAACACUACAUAUAUGCUGCGAGACUGGCUUAUCAAUGUACAGAAGCUAUACCAUAAUGUGGAGUGGAGGCCGAAGGAGGAACCAAGAGCAUAUUUUGAUGAGCAAGGACCCAAGGAUUGGACGAAUGAGCGGUACGCCUACGUAAUGAGACUGCGUCAAGCAGCGCUCGAAUCUGCACGAGAAAUGUGGGCAGACUAUCUCAUGAUGAUUGACUGUGACAAUCUCCUGACCAAUCGUGAUGUCUUAUGGAAGUUAAUAAAGGAGAACAAGACAAUUGUGGCUCCGAUGCUGGAGUCUCGUGCGGCCUAUUCCAACUUUUGGUGUGGAAUGACAUCCCAGGGCUACUAUAAACGAACACCCGCAUACAUUCCCAUACGCAAACAAGUGAGAAGGGGCUGUUUUGCCGUUCCCAUGGUGCACUCGACGUUCCUGGUGGAUCUACGGAAAGAAGCCUCCAGACUGCUGGCUUUUCACCCACCGCAUCCAGACUACACGUGGGCCUUCGAUGACAUCAUAAUCUUCGCCUUUUCAGCCCGUAUGGCAGAUGUCCAGAUGUUUGUUUGUAAUAAGGAGACAUUCGGAUUUCUCCCAGUCCCUCUUCGCAUCCACAGCACGUUGCAGGAUGAGGCAGACAGCUUUAUUCAUACUGUACUAGAGGUCAAUGUACGAAAUCCCCCAGUUGAACCUUCUAGACACCUUCCCAAACCUGUGAAGACGCCUGACAAAAUGGGAUUUGAUGAGGUAUUUAUGAUCAACCUGAAGCAACGAGCUGAUCGACGCGAGCGCAUGCUGAGGGCACUGCGAGAGCAAGACAUUACCUGCAAGAUUAUUGCCGCUGUUGAUGGCAAAGCAUUGAAUGUCAGUGACAUCCAUGCAAUGGGAAUCCACAUGCUGCCCGGCUAUAGUGACCCCUAUCAUGGAAGACCGCUGACAAGAGGAGAGAUGGGCUGUUUCCUUUCCCACUACAACAUCUGGAAAGAGAUUGUAGACAGAGGUUUGAAGACCUCAUUGGUCCUUGAAGAUGAUUUGCGCUUUGAGAUCUUCUUCAAACGCCGCCUGCAGAAUCUGAUGCACGAGGUUGAGAGUAAAGGUCUGGAUUGGGAUCUCAUUUAUAUUGGGAGGAAGAGGAUGCAGGUGGACCAUCCUGAGAAAGCAGUACCAAAAAUUCGCAACCUAGUGGAGGCGGACUACUCCUACUGGACCCUGGCUUACAUGAUGUCUUUACAGGGAGCCAGAAAACUCCUCAAAGCAGAACCACUCAGCAAAAUGUUACCUGUGGAUGAGUUUCUGCCUGUUAUGUUUAAUAAGCAUCCUGUAUCGGAUUACAUGGAGCAUUUCGAGACAAGGGAUCUAAAAGCAUUUUCAGCUGAGCCUUUGCUGGUGUUUCCUACACACUACACGGGUGAACCUGGGUACAUCAGUGAUACAGAAACAUCCACGGUGUGGGACAAUGACAAGGUGCGUACAGAUUGGGACAGGAAGCGGUCGGGUAAGACUAAAGAACAGGCUGAGAUCAGCACAAAGGCACAAAACACGAAUGUGCUCCACUCUCCGCUGGACAGAACGGCUCGAGAUGAGCUAUGAGAGACAGACCGAUUGACCCAUGACAUUACUGAGAUUGUAUCAGUUUUUCUUCAUCCUCUCUAUCUGUGGACAUUGUCAAACGUGUUUCCUGUAAGUGUGCUGUUUGACUGAUCAGAAGAAGGCUUGAAAAUGUUUCUUAUUUGUUUGUUUCUCUUAACAGUUUUGUUUUUAAGCUUGAAUCUUUAGAUAAACCGACUACCUAUUACCGGCUGCCUCACCCGUUCACCAUUGUGUCCCGGGACCCUUUGGAAUUCAAAGCAGAGAAUCAAGUGUGGGUUCAGGUUAAGGGCCAUUCACAUGUUGACGAUAACCAUAACUUUAAAGUGAUACCCCAUCCGCAUAUAAAAAUUUUGCCAUAAUUUACUCUCUCUCAAGCAAUCCGAGAUACACGUCUAUCAUCUUUCAGACAAACACAUUUGUAGAUAUUUUAUUAAAUGUUCUUGCUUUUCCAAGCCUUAUUAUGGAAGAAAACAAGGAUCAGGGAACAAUUUCUGACUUUUAAGUCCAAAAAAGUGCAUUCAUUCUUCACUCCCUACGCAACUUACUCAUGGCAACCAACGUUCAUUACGCUAAAACUGUCUCCAGAAUUGCUUGAGUCCAAGAUGGCGUUGUUACCAGAAACUAGUUUAUACCAGUUUAUAAAGUUUGAAAUAUAUAUAAGUUUCUUACAAAAUCGCGUUGAUUACCAACAGAAGACCUUUAUUUACACCUUGGAGCCUUGUGGAUUACUUCUUUGAAGGAUGAAUGCACUUUUUUGGGUUUUAAAGUCAGAAGCUGUGUCCUGAUCCCUGUUUUUUAAAUCGUAGAAAAGCAAGGACAUUUACUUAAACAACUCCAAAUGUGUUCGUCUGAAAGAUGAUGGACAUGUGUAUCUCAGAUUGUCUGAGGGUGAGUAAAUCAUGGGGUAAUUUUGAUAUUUGGCUGGACUAUCCCUUUACCGGUACUUGCUAAUCACUCACAAGCUGCAGUACUCACGCUAAUUAUUUAUUGGCAUUACCUAAUAUUGUAGUUUUUCUGUAGUAAAAUUGUUUAUACAUCAUUAUACAUGUAAAUAUGCUGCUCUUGUUGCAAUUACAGUGGCUAUAAAGAGCAUGCAACUUUGCGCAUCUAUAAAUAGUGAAUCAUCUUAUCUACUGGCAUAGUCGAUAGAAUAAAAACAUUACGUAGUGCAACUACAGCAGCGUUGGAUACCUGAGGUAAUUUUAUGUUAUGGCCUUCAGUAAAGAACUUCUCAACAGUGUCGUCUGCCAUUUCAAAUACUCUUGCACUUUAAAUUCAAAUAGAGAGCUGUCAAUGGUUUAUCGUUCAUCAUAUGGAAAAAAUCAUACCAAAAGUGAGCCAAACUAUAUCGUUUAUUGUGUCUUUAUCGUUAUAGUUGUGCUAUUUCAACGCUAUCUCAUGGCAAUUCGUAUGUGUUUUACAAGGUGGCUAAUUCGUACGAUCACAUUCGUACAGUUUUGUCAGUGGGGUUAGGAGUGGAGUUUCAUUAUUGUUUUAUUUUAUAUUGUGAACCCGUGCUGGCAAAAUGAGUCAGAAUGCACUCGGUCUAAUUUUGAGCUAUAGGUGAAAGAAAGUAUAAAUAUCGAAAUUAAGGUUUUUAUAAAAAUAAGUACAUUAAAGAUGCAAUUUGCCGCUGGAUGGCGCCAGAUUAAAUCAAUAACAAUGCCGUAGAUUAAUGAUGCUCUGAAGCAGCGUGGACUGAUGGGAUUUGUUGUCUUUAACUCAAACGCUGAUGGCCAUCAAUCAGACGGGAACGAGAAAUCAUGUUACACAUGAAGUAAAGUAAUCAAGUUUUAUAAAUGUGUUUUUUUUCAUUAUGUAAGGUUUCAGGUAAUGUUAGUCAUAUAUGUUACAUUAUUAGUCCAAUACGAUGGUUUGUUAACACAGCACAGAAUUAAGUGUUCAGAUGAACAAACUUACCAUAAAAAAGCGAGUGGCCCGACAGACGCGAUUACUUCUGCAUUUGUCCACGACACUGUUGUCAUGUGGUUUUUACGUCAGUAAAGGCGGUAACAAAGGGUAACGUAGAUAUUAACAUCAUUUACAGGCGACUGCACUGCCCCGUGUCACUGUUUAGGGCAGCAAUUUUCUCAUAAUUUAUAAGUAGUUGAAAACAUAUAGAUAUUGUUAGUAAUCAGCUGGACAAAAUAUGUAACACCGGACUAGUGGUUUUUGGAUAUUUUACUACAAAUAUCUUAUAAAUUGUACCUUUAAGUGAAUGUUUGGUUAACUCAGGGUUCCCGCACUCAGGGUUCCCACGGGGUCUUAAAAAGUCUAAAAUUCAGAAUGUUAAAUUUAAGGCCUUAAAAAGUCUUAAAAACGCCCAGAUUUUUAUCCUAGGUCUUAAAUUUAAUUUACCCAAGUCUUAAAUUUCUUACCUCCGUUCAUUCCCGAAAAGCAUUGUCCGCAGAAAAUAAAAUAGUCAUUUAAAACGCUAAAGAACUAAUCAGUGGCGGAAACUGGGUCUCUAAAAAAAGAAACCGGUGUCCGCACUUUGUCAUAAUCCACGCAAAUCGGCCAUUAGCUAUAUUACAGGUAUUGUUGUCUGACUGUAUACUGUGGGCUGAGCAAGAAACAAACCUUAAACUUAGUUUUGUGUAAGCAAAAAUCUUUUCUGGGUUAAUUUACCAACUAGCCCGUGGCUUAUCUGAGUAUUGGCCAGGGUCUGAAACAUAGAGGACCCAGAAGCGGAAAAAAAUCAUCUUUAUUGAAAAUCAACCUAAACAGUCGGGCUGUCGAGUCACGAGCCACCAACAGCGAGUCAACUUUAGUGUUACACAGUUUUCACUUUGGAGGAUUUUGUUUACCUCACUGCUCAAAGCGCGUUUACUUCUUUGACUUUAAUAUUGCUCUCUGCUGCAAUGCACUCGAACCUAACGCGCUUCCCCUUCAGCUCUCAACAAACAGCAGCGAUUGGCGGACGGAAAGCAAGAAAGUACCGUAAUAAACCAUAUAUUGCCAAAAAGCGCAAUUGUCUUCUUUUAGGAACAAUUCAAACUUUUUCAUAGCGCAAAUGCUUCAGGAGUUACAGUUAAAUGAAUAGGGGUAGAAUCAGAGCGUUUCUUAAUCUGAAGGCUGUAUCCGGAGGUCGAAUAGGAAGGCUGCUGCAUACAUUAUCAAGCCUGGUUUAUAAGUUAAGUUAACUGAGCAUUACAUUCGCAAGUCAAAAGAAGCAUAUUACAUUAAUUUACGAUUAACAAAAAAUAAUAAUCAUUAUUUUUAAAGUUAAUUUUAAUGUUAAUAUUCUGAAAUUAGACCUAGAAAUGCGACCACUGGCUAUAGCCUUCAGAUUGAGAAACGAUGUUCGUGGAUAACGUUAGCAACACAUAAUAAAGCACGAACAGCCUUUUAAUGGUCAAUUUCGUUUCCUUAAUGCAGUUAAACAUGCAUAAACAUUAUGGGGUGGUUUCCUGGACAGCUUAAGCCAGGAUUAGGCCUUAUAGUUUAAGUGAUCUCUUAUUAGUGGAUUUUAUUUGUCAAAAAACAUUGUUGAUAGAAUUUUAUAAAAAAAUACUACUUGCACACAUUAGUGUGAUAUAUAAAUAUUGUAAAUCAUUGCAUUUCUUGAUUAUUAAUUAAGAAAAAUCAUCUCUUUGCCUCUAACUCAAUGUAUUUCAAUGGCUCACUGUGAGCUUCCAGGAACUAACUGAAGUCUCCAUGAAUCACCUGACGGCCGAGCUUUUCGGACUUUAAUUGUCAGUCUCUUCCUAAAUGGCAAUGGAUAGAAUUUGUCGGCGCAAACACUCGUGGUCUAAUAGGGUUAAGCAUAAUGUAUUUCUGUGUAUUUUGAGUAUUUGUUUUAAUAGUGUGUUUAUUUAAUAUUUUUCUAUAACUGAAUCAAUAAAAAUAGAACGUUUUGAGAAUUUCUGAGAUCAUUCGAAUGCUUCUAGUAAUGUGUCGUGUUGGUCUUAAAUUUUACUCAUAAUGGUAUUAAAAGGUCUUAAAAAGGUCUUAAAUUUAACUUGCUGAAACCUGCAAGAACCCUGUAACUGUUGAGGAAAAAUAUCUGAUGUGUAACAUUAUAUUAGAUCUGCAUUACAGUAGAUCUUACAGCUUUCUGUCUCAACGUCAAUCAAACAAUAAAAGAAAGAAAAAGUUGAACAAUUAUUUUUCCUAUAGCUUUGGUUUUGACUUUGUCUCUGCUAAAUCUAUUAGUUUUACCAGUGAUUUUAAAGUAUGGAUGCGUGAUUUUGUUUCUAAACCUUCAAAAAUCUUAACAUACAUUUUUUCAAAAAUUCUAACAGGUCAUUUUUGUCAGAUUCCAACAAAUCAUACAUCGUUUCAAAGUUUUUUAAUAGAUAAUGUCAUUUUUUUAAAAAAUUUGCUCAUUCCAAAUCAAUUUGCCAGCACAGGUCACGUAUAUUUUUGUACCAUUCACUUCAUACGAAUUAGCCAACUCGUAAAAUAUGUACGAAUUCCCUUGAGAUCAGGCUGGCUAAUCUCUUUCAUUUUUUCAAACUAUAUUUCAAUAGUUAUCACCCAUAGUGUGAACGGCCCUUUACAGCAGAGUCGGGUUACAUAAGCAGGACUAGAACUGAAUGUUUCAGGUGUAUGUUUUCAUUUUGAAAUCAUAUUACACAUCUCUGAUGUGACCAUUCGAAGAAAAAGCACACGCAUAUCCGUGUAUUAUUUUUACAUCAGAUGAUAAAGAUCUUGGGUGGAGCUGAAUCUUUAUCGACAGAGCUACGAGUUAAAGAUAUUAAAGUAAAAGAAUCGAGCUUGCAUCUAAGCAUUUAGUCAGCGGGUGGGCAUUAUGCAAAUGUGUUAUAUGUUCAAUGUAAAUUCAGAAACGUAUAAUAGGUGCUCUUUAAUGUUCACAUUCCACAGUCGAGUUUUAUAGUGCUUUUAUUCACAAAAUGCACAAGUGAUAUAUUUUUUUCAGUAAGUGCAUUAGAUAGGAAUCAUAUCUAUCAGUUGACUAACAUGAAUGCCCUUCAAAGCUCUUUUUUUUGUGUUUAAUGAAAGACUCAUGAAGUAUUUAGGCUUUUUUAUACAAUUACUCCCAUUUGGAAAAGUUUCAGACUGUCACUUUCUUUCAGCAGUGCACGCCUUACUAUGUGGUUUUACUGUCAUAUCAUCAAGACGACAAUAAAAGGUCUACACACAUUCCUCACAGAGAUAUUACAGAUUUUUGUUUUUCUCUACUUUGCUUUUUUGACACAGGACAGUGAUGGGUUUAGAAAUGUACUUUGAAUUCAGUUUUAUAGCUUGUUUUGUUCGGACUGGACACACUGUCAUACUGUAUACAUACUGGAAGUAAAACUAAAACUCUAUUUCGUCAACUGUGCCUUAAAUAUAUAAAGAAUACGCAAAACGCAUUUCACUGAAAAGAAUAUGAUUGCAAUAUAAAUGGCAUGACAUUACAUUUAUGCAUUUGUCACUUUUAUCGAGCGUAUACAACAACGUCACUUUUCCACGUGACCAUAACAAAAUGGCUGGUUUUCAUAUAGCGGCUGCUGCGAAAACGGCAGUAAAACUGACUAUUAUCAGCUUAAAUUGAAUUAAGUUGGCCUUAAAAGUGACCCUAACAACUUGCCAAACAACCAAUAGUCUGUGGACAUUGCCAGACAUUGCUUUUCCUGACACAUAGGUUUGUCUUGCUUAACACUAUUAAACCAUCCCA